UAGUCUAGCUUUGGCUUUUCACCGAGUUUCAGUUUGCCAACACGGUCCCAAUCGCUCCCGCUGAUUGGAAAGAAGAGAACAAGGAGAAAGAAACAGAGCAGCCAUCGCCCUGCUGCUGGUUCAAUUCAACUAUCGCCGUUGACGUACCAUGUAAGUUUGCUCGCUUCAUAUAGAAAAGGGAAAAAGCCCUAGUUUCCACUUCUUCAGAUCUGAAACUCUGCUAGUCUAGGUCGGGAAUGGCUUCUUCGGAAGCCGAUUCCCGUUUGAGUCUGGUAAUUACUCCAGCUCUAGAGAAGAUCAUCAAGAACUGUUCCUGGAGGAAACACUCCAAGCUAGUUCAUGAAUGCAAAUUUGUAAUCGAGAAAUUAGCUUCUCCCAAUAAGUUUUCUUCUACUCCCGACGAUGCUGAGCCGGACAGUUCAGUUCCCGGUCCGUUGCACGACGGUGGCCCACUUGAAUUCUCUCUCGCCGAGGCCGAAACGAUUCUCAGUCCCCUGAUCGCUGCUUGUGGAUCGGGAGUUCUUAAGAUUGCCGAUCCGGCUAUUGAUUGCAUCCAGAAGCUGAUCGCCCAUGGCUACAUUCGUGGUGAAGCGGAUCCUUCUGGAGGGCUUGAAUCCAAACUUCUCUCUCGGAUGAUGGACUCCGUCUGUAAGUGUCAUGACUUGGGCGAUGACGCGGUUGAACUGAUGGUACUUAAGACACUGCUCUCAGCUGUUACUUCGAUCUCAUUGCGGAUCCACGGGGAUUGCUUAUUGCAGAUCGUUAGAACUUGUUAUGAUAUCUACUUGGGGAGCAAGAAUGUUGUUAAUCAGACAACUGCCAAGGCUUCUCUGAUACAAACGCUGGUCAUUGUGUUUCGGAGAAUGGAGGCUGAUUCAUCCACUGUUCCUGUUCAGCCUAUUGUGGUGGCAGAGCUGAUGGAGCCUGUAGAGAAGUCCGACACGGAUGGAAGCAUGACACAGUUUGUCCAGGGGUUCAUUACCAAGAUCAUGCAAGACAUUGAUGUGGUUUUGAAUCCUUCCACCCCAGGGAAACCAUCGCUGGGUGCCCAUGAUGGUGCAUUUGAGACUACGACCGUCGAAACCACUAACCCGACAGAUUUGUUGGAUUCAACGGAUAAGGACAUGUUGGAUGCCAAGUAUUGGGAAAUCAGUAUGUAUAAGACUGCUUUGGAAGGGAGAAAGGGGGAAUUGGUGGAUGGUGAGACCGAGAGAGAUGAUGACUUGGAGGUUCAGAUUGGUAAUAAGCUGCGACGGGAUGCUUUCUUGGUUUUUAGGGCACUUUGUAAACUCUCAAUGAAGACACCUCCCAAGGAGGCCUUGAAUGAUCCGCAGUUGAUGCGCGGAAAAAUUGUAGCUUUAGAGCUGCUGAAGAUUUUGCUGGAGAAUGCUGGAGCCAUCUUUAGGACUAGUGAAAGGUUUUUAGGUGCUAUUAAGCAGUACUUAUGCCUAUCAUUGUUAAAGAACAGUGCAUCAACCCUUAUGAUUGUUUUUCAGCUUUCUUGCUCCAUUUUUAUUAGUUUGGUAUCAAGAUUUAGAGCUGGAUUGAAGGCAGAGAUUGGAGUAUUCUUUCCUAUGAUUGUUCUCAGAGUUUUGGAAAACGUUGCUCAGCCUAAUUUUCAGCAAAAGAUGAUAGUGCUUCGGUUUCUAGACAAGCUAUGUGUUGAUUCCCAGAUCUUGGUAGAUAUUUUUAUAAAUUAUGAUUGUGAUGUCAAUUCAUCAAAUAUAUUUGAGAGGAUGGUAAAUGGACUUCUCAAAACUGCUCAAGGUGCUCCACCUGGUGCUGCUGCUACCCUACAGCCACCUCAGGAUGUCACCAUGAAACUUGAAGCAAUGAGGUGCCUAGUGGCAAUUUUGAGGUCAAUGGGAGAUUGGAUGAGCAAACAGUUACAAAUUCCAGAUCCUCAUUCUCCUAAGAAACUAGAUGCAGCUGAGAACAAUAGUGAAUCAGGAAGUCCUGUGGCAAAUGGGAAUGGGGAUGAUCCUGCUGAAGGAUCAGAUUCUCCUUCUGAAACAUCCAGUGAAGUUUCUGAUGUAUUGACAAAGCGCCGGGCAUACAAGCUUGAGCUUCAAGAAGGUAUAUCUCUUUUUAAUAGGAAGCCCAAGAAAGGCAUUGAUUUCCUUAUAAAUGCAAAGAAGGUAGGCGACUCGCCAGAGGAGAUUGCAGCUUUUCUUAGAAGCACAUCUGGUUUGAAUAAGACCUUGAUUGGUGAUUAUCUAGGAGAGAGGGAAGAGUUACCAUUAAAAGUUAUGCAUGCAUACGUGGAUUCCUUUGACUUUCAAGGGAUGGAGUUUGAUGAGGCAAUCAGGGCUUUACUACAAGGAUUUAGGUUGCCAGGUGAAGCACAGAAGAUUGACCGUAUCAUGGAAAAAUUUGCUGAGCGUUAUUGCAAGUGUAAUCCAAAAGCUUUCAUGAGUGCAGACACUGCAUAUGUCCUUGCCUACUCUGUUAUAUUGCUCAACACUGAUGCUCAUAAUCCCAUGGUUAAAAACAAGAUGUUGGCAGAUGAUUUUGUAAGGAACAACCGUGGCAUAGAUGAUGGAAAAGAUUUACCUGAAGAGUACUUAAGAUCCUUGUUUGAACGGAUUUCGAAGAAUGAAAUUAAAAUGAAAGAGGAUGACUUGGCUCCUAAACAAAAGCGAUCUAUGAACUCAAACAGACUUUUAGGCCUGGAUAGUAUUUUGGAUAUUGUGAUCCGUAAGCGAGGAGAAGAACAAAUGGAGACCAGUGAUGGUCUUAUCAGGCACAUGCAAGAGCAAUUCAAGGAAAAAGCUCGCAAAUCUGAGUCAGUUUAUUAUGCGGCAACAGAUGUAGUAAUCCUGAGAUUCAUGAUUGAGGUCUGCUGGGCUCCUAUGUUGGCUGCCUUUAGUGUUCCUCUUGAUCAAAGCGAUGAUGAAGUAGUAAUAGCACAAUGUCUUGAAGGUUUGCGUCAUGCAGUCCAUGUUACUGCAGUAAUGUCCAUGAAGACUCAUAGAGAUGCUUUUGUUACUUCACUAGCAAAGUUCACCUCCCUUCACUCAGCUGCAGAUAUCAAGCAGAAAAACAUUGAUGCCAUCAAGGCAAUAGUUACCAUAGCGGAUGAAGAUGGCAAUUAUUUACAAGAAGCUUGGGAGCAUAUUUUAACAUGCGUUUCACGGUUUGAACAUUUGCAUCUCUUAGGAGAGGGAGCUCCUCCUGAUGCAACCUUCUUUUCAAUAUCUCAGAACGAUUUAGAAAAAUCAAAGCAAUCCAAGUCAACCAUCCUUCCUGUACUAAAAAAGAAGGGACUUGGCCGUAUUCAAGCAGCUGCACGAAGGGGUUCUUAUGAUAGUGCAGGUGUUGGUGGCCAUGCUUCUGGGGUGGUUACACCUCAACAGAUGAAUAAUUUAGUGUCCAACUUGAACAUGUUGGAACAAGUUGGAAGCUCUGAUAUGAAUCGCAUAUUCACAAGAAGUCAAAGAUUGAACAGUGAAGCAAUAGUUGAUUUUGUUAAGGCCCUAUGCAAGGUUUCUAUAGAAGAGUUACGAUCUACAUCUGAUCCACGGGUUUUCAGUCUUACAAAGAUUGUUGAGAUUGCGCACUACAAUAUGAACCGUAUCAGGCUUGUGUGGUCAAGAAUCUGGAAUGUUCUCUCUGAAUUCUUUGUGACCAUUGGCUGUUCUGAAAAUCUCUCUAUUGCAAUUUUUGCAAUGGAUUCCUUACGCCAGUUGGCAAUGAAAUUCUUAGAUCGAGAAGAGUUGGCUAAUUAUAAUUUCCAGAAUGAGUUUAUGAAGCCUUUUGUCGUUGUCAUGCGUAAAAGCAGUGCUGUAGAAAUCAGAGAAUUGAUUAUCAGAUGUGUCUCACAAAUGGUUUUGUCCCGUGUCAAUAAUGUCAAGUCAGGAUGGAAAUGCAUGUUCAUGGUUUUCACAACUGCAGCUUAUGAUGACCACAAGAAUAUUGUACUUUUGGCCUUUGAGUUAAUUGAGAAGAUUGUACGGGACUACUUCCCUUACAUAACUGAAACUGAAACUACCACCUUUACAGACUGUGUGAACUGUCUGAUUGCAUUUACCAAUAGCAAGUUCAACAAAGAUAUCAGUCUCAAUGCUAUUGGUUUCCUUCGGUUCUGUGCUGCAAAACUUGCUGAAGGUGAUCUUGGUUUUUCAUCAAGGAAUAAGGACAAGGAUGCAUUUGGAAAGAGUACUCUGUCAUUACCUCAAACGGGCAAAGAUGGAAAACAGGACAGUGCAGAGUUUGCCGAUAAGGAUGACCAUCUCUAUUUCUGGUUCCCAUUGUUGGCUGGGUUAUCAGAACUUAGCUUUGACCCAAGGUCUGAUAUCAGAAAAAUUUCCCUGCAAGUCUUGUUUGAGACUUUACGCCACCAUGGCCAUCUUUUCUCAUUGCCUUUGUGGGAACGCGUGUUCGAUUCCGUCCUUUUCCCUAUAUUUGAUUAUGUUCGUCAUGCUAUUGAUCCAUCUGGGGGAAGCUUACAAGGCCAGGGACCUGAAAGUGAUCUAAAUGAGCUAGAUCAAGAUGCAUGGCUUUAUGAAACAUGUACUCUGGCCCUUGAAUUGGUUGUAGAUCUCUUUGUAAAAUUUUAUAAUACUGUCAAUCCGCUAUUAAGAAAAGUGCUGAUGUUGCUGGUGAAUUUUAUCAAGCGCCCCCACCAAAGCCUGGCUGGAAUUGGCGUUGCUGCUUUUGUUCGGUUAAUGAGCAGUGCCGGUUCUCUAUUUUCUGAGGACAAAUGGCUUGAAGUGGUUUUGUCAUUGAAGGAAGCAGCUACUGCUACACUUCCUAAUUUUUCUCAUAUUAAUGAUGGAAAUGAUGUGGUAAGAAACCAUGAAGAUUCUCCAACUAAAGAAAGUAAUGGAGAAUCUGCUGGGUCUGUUCAGCCUGAUGAUGAUCUGGGGAACCUCAGAGCACGUAAUAUUUAUUUUGCAAUUUCUGAUGCCAAGUGUCGUACUGCUGUUCAACUUCUGUUACUUCAGGCUGUGAUGGAGAUCUAUGGCAUCUAUAGGGCUCAACUUUCAGAAAAGAACAUUUUAGUGCUUUUUGAAGCAUUGCACAUUGUAGCCUCCCAUGCUCACAACAUAAACAGUGACAGUGACCUUAGAUCAAAGCUACAGGAGCUUGGUUCCAUGACCCAGAUGCAGGACCCUCCAUUAUUGCGCCUUGAGAAUGAGUCCUACCAGAUUUGCCUUACAUUAUUACAAAAUCUUAUUGUUGACAAAACCUUCAGUUAUGACGAAGUUGAAGUUGAAAAUCAUCUUAUUAACCUAUGCAAGGAGAUCUUGCAGUUUUACCUUAAUACAGCACGCUCUGGACAGUUGUGUGAGUCAUCUAUUAAUGGCCAGCCAAGGCCCAGCUGGUUGAUUCCUCUUGGUUCUGCAAGAAGGAGAGAGUUGGCAGCACGUGCACCUCUCAUUGUGGCAGCCCUCCAGGCCAUAUGUGCGUUGGGAGAUGCUUCAUUUACGAGGAACUUGGCCUGCUUCUUCCCCUUACUGUCAGGCUUGAUAAGUUGUGAACAUGGAUCAAGUGAAGUUCAAGUGGCGUUGAGUGAUAUGCUCAGGACAUCAGUUGGCCCAAUUUUGCUUCGGUCUUGUUGAGUAGGGCAGAUCCGAUUUUAAACUUUUAGAUGUAUGAUAUAUAUAUAUUUUUUUUCAAAUCCUUUGUAGUUCUCGUUAUCUUAUUUGUUCAUUUUAUUAUUGACCAAGUGUAGGUUGUUAGUGUGUGACCAAGUAAAGCCAUGGUUAUUGGGUUGCUGAGUGCUUCUGGCGUAGAGCACAAAGUCAUCCGACAUUCACAGAUGUAGAAAGGAGUUAUGAUGUUGUAUGCUGUAAGUCUUUUUUCGAGCCAAUAAAAUUACACGUAGAAGGUCGGCAUUUAAAGGGCAGUUGAUCAGGCCGUAUAAAUAGCCUAAAAAAAAAAAUCCAUGAUUAGUAUGGAAGCUA